GUAAACAAAGAUUACUUAAACUCACUUACAACAAAAGUCUCGUUGUUGUAAACAACCUAACUAUAUGAAGAUUUUUUGAGGUUAAAAGUAUUAAAACGCGUUUUACUAUAAAAUACAAAUAUGAACUUAAAAUAUACACUUAUUCUUUUUUUUUGUUAGAAUAAAAAAAAAGCAAAAACUCUAAAUUGGUAAAGGAUUUGCUCAAACUAUGGCAUCUUGACUUGUUCUACUUCCUAACACAAUUAACCGGGCCUCGUGGUCUGGUGGUAAAGGAGCCUCAGCUGAGGUGUCUGCCAUCACGAGUUCGAGACCCGACCACGGAAUGACUUAGGCCCCCUGGUGGGUACAGACGUAGGCUGGUUCUGGCUUUAGGGGGGGAUUAAGGCCGAAGGCCCGAACCUAUCCUGGUUAACAAAAAAAAAAACAAAAAACACAACGGUACAUUUUUCAUGUUUUCUUUUAACCAACAAAUAUCCAAAUGAAAAGGAAAAAACUAAAUCAUACAUCGAAUGCUGCUUUGGUUAUCAUUUAUCAGUAGUGAUCUAUGAAUUUAAACUUAAUUCAUCUGUUAUAAACGUAUUUUGAAUCUGUUGUGAGUAAUGGUCAAAUCACAUUGAAUUUAACCUGAUGUUUUUGCUAUUUAAAGUUACUGAUCGGUGAAUGUAAUCUAAACAACCGUCGCUGGAAUACUACGUGACUGUCACGUACUGUAAACUCACAGGCAAACGAUGCUAACAUCCUCGCAUCAUUUUUGGACAACGUUUUGUUUUUGUUGGUUACAACCUCAUUACACAAGACUUUCGGACAACAGCAAGUUUUGAAGUCCCGAGUAUACCCCUUACAGGGUUUCACGUAAAUUAAUUAAUUUUGGCGAGGAAAAUACCUAAAAAUAGAGAAAAGCAGCUGCAUUGCGUCUGCUAUUCCUGGUGACCAGAAACUAUUUUUAAACCAAACAUAAAUAGAAGGGUAGAUCGGGAAAUUCAAGAAAAUAUUAGCAGAAACGGGCAAGGCUCGCAUGUUACAUUGUCUCUUCUUCAACUUCAUGCAUACGCUUUAAUUAGAUUUUUUUCUUUUCCACUUUCCGUUUUCAAGUUUUGUUAAACAGUAAAUAAACGAAUUUAAUUUUAGUUGUUUUUUUUCUUCUAAUAAUCUUCUCGAGCGUGUUGUAUACAAAUAUUAAGCUUGAAUGCUUGUAGAUUCCACUUCUCUCUACUUUUUUUUCCUCCUCUUCUUGCUUCUUUUGUCUUUGUUAUUGAAGAUGGAAAGCUACAAGUGCAAGUUUUGCUUUAAGAGCUUCGUCAACGGAAGAGCAUUAGGUGGCCACAUGAGAUCUCACAUGCCCACUCUUCACAAGUUUAGCAUUCAAGAAGAAGAGGAAAGGCCGAGUCAACUCGGUGAUGAGAGUAAGUCGGAUGUUUCUUCGUCUGAAGAAGGACAAGAACAAAAGAUCAGUGGGUCGAGAGAGGAGAAGCAUCCAACGAUGGAUGAUGAUGGAAGCGAGACAGAGUCGUCGAGGGAUAUUGUUAACUUGAAACGGAAACGUUCCAAGCGAACUCGGAAACUCGAUUCGUUCGCGAGCAAGAAGAUGAAAACGAGUCAACUCGGUUACAAGAACGAGCCUGAGGCUGAGCCUCCUCAAAGCUCAGCUUCUGAUACAACGACGGAGGAAGAUCUGGCCCUUUGCCUCAUGAUGCUCUCGAGAGACAAAUGGAGGAAGAACAAAGUUAGUAGUAGUAAAGAAGUAGUGGAAGAGAUCGACGCAGAAGCAUCAGAAGGCGACAAGAUGAUUAAUCGAGCAACAACAACUACGAAAGGGAGAUACACGUGCGAGACAUGUGGGAAGGUGUUUAAAUCUUAUCAAGCAUUAGGUGGGCAUAGAGCAAGCCACAAGAAGAACAGAGUCACCAACAAAACAGAUUACGAUAUUGUGGUUGUUGCUGCCGAGAAGAGAAUCCAUGAAUGUCCGAUUUGUCUUAGAGUUUUCGCGUCGGGACAAGCACUUGGUGGGCAUAAGAGAUCACACGGACUAGGGAACUUGUCUGUAAAUCCUCAUCAUCAAGUGCGAAUGGAGUCAGUGAAAGAGAAGAUGAUAGAUCUUAAUCUUCCUGCACCAACCGAGGAAGAAGAAGUCUCUAUGGUGUUUCAAUGAAUGCUUGAAAAAGGUAACAGACUUUGCGUGAUUCGGGUCGUCCAUAUUUUCGUAAAGUUUGAAUCUUUUUCUUUUUUACUAUUAUUGUUAUUAUCUUUCUUAGAAAAUAAAAACUUAAAAUGUUAAUUUAAAUGCAAAGUAGAGGCUACUUUUACAUGUUCUAACGCCAGUUCUUGGCCUCACGUCGUGUUGGCCUUAACCAUAUCAAUCAAAGAACAUUCAAAUAAGCUUCUACUUAGCUUUUAUGGACUUCCAAUGUACUAUAUGCUUAUGUUGAAUUGUAGUUUUGGGACUUUUGAAAGCUA